AUGAAUCAACCAGCCCCGAAUGUGUUGAUCGAAAUGAAGGAGGCAGGACACAAAGGUCUAGGCAUGUUUGCAAAAGUCGACAUACCUCGUGGCACACGUGUCAUUGCUGAAACACCUCUCCUCAACACUCAGCUAAACGAUGACGGAGACCCAGAAUCUAAGCAAAUCUUGCAGGGUUUUGAGCUUCUUACACCUCCCCAGCGAGAUUCAUUCUUAGGGCUCAGCGGAUACGCGAGUACAAUAUUCAAAAUGUCAGUUACGGAUGAGUUCAAACAAGCUUGGGAAGACAUCCCAGAGUUGCACCGUACAGUGCUCUCCAUUUUCAAAGCAAAUGCCUUCGGUGGCAUGAUAUUCUUGACAGGCUCUCGCAUCAAUCACUCAUGCAUUCCAAAUCUGAACUAUGCGUACAAUAACGUGCUCGAAAAAGGGACAUUCCAUGCUGUACGUGACAUUUCGGCAGGGGAAGAGCUUACUGUUAUGUACAUCGACGGGGCCAAUCGCCCCAGGACAAGACGCCAGUCCGAGCUACUGCAGUGGGGAUUCUUGUGCGUUUGCCCAGCAUGCGAGCACACCCCAGAGGGCGACUUGAAGGAGAAAAGGCGCCUGGAGUUAUUUUUGAUUGACCAGGUACUCACCAUUAAUGAGCUUAGUGGUGCCCAAGAGUCUGCUCGAGGAGCUCUUCAACUUGCGCAAAAGAUGGCAGGCAUCCAAAAAUCCGAAGGCCUAGUGAACAGGGCCCUGACAGCUUCCUAUCGCGACGCUACCAUGUACUCCCUCAGAUUGGGUAAUCCACAAAUGGCACUCCUGUGGGCCGAGAAAGGGCUGGAGGUCGAACUUUACUGUGUGGGGGAGGAUCAUCCAGACUACCAGCAGAUGCUUGACACCGUGGGGGUGUUGCAAGGUUUCAACGCCAUUCCAGAGCCCCUGCUUACGGUUCUAGCCGGUCUCAUCAUGUACAUGUAA